UUUUACUUUUGCAUAACUGUUAAUAUAUUUACUUAUGAGUAAAAUCUGCGUCAAUCUUAUUCGCGCAUAUAAGGUUAAAAAGUAAUUAUUAAAUACGUGAGAAAAAGGAAAUUUUAUUGUCGUUAUAAAUUAAAGCUUUUUUAUUAUCGUUUUCAUUUUAAUCCAUAUCUACGAUAGAUUGUAAUAGGAAGUAAAGGUGUAUCUUUUAGAACGGCAAUGUUGUUGAUUCGCUGGUUCCAGUAUUGGAUUCGGCUUUUCUAAAAAAUAUGGAGUGGCAAAAUUUCUUGGAGCCACUUAGUCGUAAGCUAAGGAUCACGCAUUUAAAUACGCCAAAUGAGAUUAAGGCGAAAAUGAAACGCGAAAAUGAAUUGAUGAGUUAUUUGUUGGCCGAUCAAGAAGUAAGGGAGUUCAUAUCCUUGUGGUUAGAGGAACGAUACAAAAAUAGAGAUUCGAAAUCGAUCGAAAAGGCAAAGAUAUUCAAGGAUGUUGGAAACAAAGAUUUUCAAGCAAAAAAUUAUACUUCAAGCAUUCAAUCUUAUACAAAAGUUGCUUUGUAUGCACCAGCAGAUAGCGAGGUAUUACCAUUAGCUAUCGCUAAUAGAUCUGCUGCUUUAUAUCAUUUGGGUAAAUAUGAAGAUUGUAUCAAAAAUAUUGAAUUGGCUAUUAAGUUAGAAUAUCCGGAAAAGUUAAGACAUAAAUUGUAUCUAAGAGCGGUACAAUCAUAUUUAAAAUUAGGUAAACCGACAAAGGCUAAAGAAUCUCUUGUUCGUGUUCGUGAGAUAAUGACUAAAUGCACCGAUAUACCAGAUGUAAAAAAGGAGGAUAUAGAAAAACAAAUUGCACAUUUAGCAUCUCUUGCAUCAUGCAUGCAUAAUGACACAGAAGAUACCGAAGAUAAUGAUUCAACGCAAUCUAUACCUGAACUUGCAUUUGGAGAAAAUCCUGAUUUUCCUUCUGCAUCGACAGCCAUAGAUAAAAAAUAUUCAUCAGAAAAGGGAAGAUAUGUUGUUGCAAAUAGAGAUAUAAGAAAAGGUCAAAUACUUUUUGUUGAAAAACCAUUUGCUUUUGUACUUGUGGAUUAUGGUAGAAUGAGUGGUUCUUGUGAAAAUUGUUGUCGUCCUUAUGGAGAUGUCCCUGUUCCGUGUACAAUGUGUUUGGAUACGUUAUAUUGUAAUAUGAAAUGUUGGAACGACGAUUAUACGUUUUAUCAUCGUUGGGAAUGCCCAGGUAGUCAAAUGGGACUUUGGCAACAAAAUGGAAUUGCACGUUUAGCUUUAAAGGUGUUUUUAAUGUGUUCGACUACAUCCGAUAGAAACAGAUUUAACGAAGUACAAAAGUUGAUAACGAACUUUGACAAAUUAUCAUUAAAAGAUCUUAUUGCUUAUGGAAUUACGGCGACAAUGCUUACGCUCUAUCUUUUGAAGUAUUCUGAUUUUUUUGAAGAUAACGAUCUUACAGAAUGUUUGAUAUCCAAAUUUUCCGACGAGACCUAUAAUUUUCCAUGUGAAACUUCUGUCGAAAGCGAUAGACAUUUGUACGUAGGCUCAUUACUUCUGAGACACAUUUUACAACUUGUUUCUAAUGGUCAUGCCAUUACAAAAUUAGAUGUAAUUGUAUCCGAUAAAGAUAAAGUUUUAACAGAACGAGAAAAUCGUGUUGCUAAAGCGAUUUAUCCUUCGGCGAGUAUGAUGAAUCAUUCUUGUGAUCCAAAUGUAAUAAAUAGUUUCAUGGACCAAUAUCUUAUCGUUAAGGCUAUAAAAGAUAUAGGAGCAGGAGAGGAAGUUUAUACCUGUUAUGGUGCACAUUUUAGACAAAUACCAAGAGAUUACAGGCAAUUAGCUUUAAAAAGUCAAUACUGUUUCACUUGCAAAUGCGAACCUUGCACCAUACCAGAACUUCAAUAUUUCAUGGAAAGAUUCAAUGCUAUAAAGUGUCCAGAAUGUAGCGGCGCUUUGUAUACUGUUCAUAAUUAUUUCAUGCAUUGCUUAGACUGUGGUGCAACGCCUACUUUAAAUUAUGAUAUUGAAUUAAAACAAGCCCAAGAUCUUUUCGAGGAUGCACAAGUUUAUAUAGAAAUGGAGAGGGAGGAAGAGGCAUUGGAUAAAUUGAAACAAUGUUUAAGUAUAAGGAGAAGUGUAUUGUAUAAAUACCAUGAAGAUAUUACUGCUACAUUAGAUCUUAUUGGGAAAGUAUAUGCUAUUAUGGGUCGAUGGUUAGAUUCUAUAUCUUACUUGGAACAUAGCAUUGCCGCAGUCAGUGAAAGAUUUGGUUCCUGUAGCAUAGAACUUGCCAAUGAAUUGAAUAAACUAACAGAUAUAUGUAUAAGAUAUCUUCAAGAAGAACCAAAUACCGCAACAAAGUGGUAUAAGAACAUCUUGAAAAAGACACGACGUUACUUGUCACACGCGGAGGAAAUUUUAAAUUUCAAUUAUGGACCGUGGAAUAAUGCUUGUGGUGAAAUAAGUGAAAAACAAAAAAUUCUAUCGGUAUUGCUGAAAGAUUUUAACAUUUAGUUCGAAUGAUUUUAUUAAUGCACUGUGUCUAAUACGCGAAUGAAUAAAAACUGGCAUAUUUACAUAUUGCAAAGUUUAUAUAUAUAUAUACAUUUCAAGAUUCGUAUAUAUAGGCUUUUUUUUAUAGAAACAUUUAGUAGUCAACAUAGUGUAGAAUUGUUUGUAGAUUCAAAACUAUCAUUUUUGAUUUACACUUUUCGACGCACCGUAUACUUAACGAGAAAAAAAAGAAAAGAAAAAAAGAAAAGAAAAGAAAAGAAAAAAAAAAGGAAAAAUUAUUGUUAAGUAAAUCUCCUAUCAUUCUAUGUUUAACUAUUGGUAUAUAAGUUAUUGUGUAUAAGCUUAUUAAAAAAGAAACGGAACAUUUGAAAGGACUGAAAACAUUGGAGAUAUAUAUAUAUAUAUACAUACAUAUAUAUGUAUAUAUAUAUAUAAAUAUAUAUAUAUACUUUUAACGAAGUUGAACUUAUAUAUUGGAAGUGAAAAAUAAUAUCAUUUCGCUUUUCAAUGCUUAAGCACUAACGGAAAGUAUUAUUUUAAACGACGAGACAUAAACGAAUGUACUUUUCUUCGCGAUAACGCUUCGAUUAAUACGGUUUAAUGAUGUGAUGAUACAUUUAUUGAUCGGAAUAAAGAAAACCAUGUAGAAUACAAAUCAUGUAUUAAACGAUUUUCAAACGUAA